AUGCAUCAGGUGGCCGCCACCGUGGCGGUGCCCACUGUGGGCGAAGAGGACGGCGGCAAUGGCUCAAUUAUUGAGAAGGCUUCGGGUCUCGCGAAAGUACAAGGAGCUGCAGCACCGGAGAUCCGCGUCGCGAGCGAGGUGACGAUUGCCCGGUGCUGCAGCUCCUCGACAUUUCGAAAAGCUUUGGACUCCAAAUUGAUCUUUGGAUCGGAGAUUGAGACGGGUGGAGUUUCGCGAAAUGAUCCAUUUAUUUGCGAGUGCACCGACACGAAUCGUGCUGAAUGCAAAGGUGUCAAACGUUUUGACGUAAACUGUCGAAUCAAAAGAGCGGACAUUAAUGGCGCUCCUUCAUCAAAUUACAAUCUGACGUCCGGCGAGAACGAUCUGGGACCAGUGUUCGCCAUACAACGCAGGACUACGUGGGGCCGUGGCGAAACAGGGCAGCAGUGCAUCGAACGCUGGGAGUGA